UGACAGUGACAGAUCAAAGAUAACCUGGAAACUUGGGAAACUGUGAUACAUUUUUAGGCGAGGAUUAUUUUUUAUUUAUUAAAACAAACAACAAAUUUACAAUGAAGAAUGGACGAUAAUGCGAAAAGCGCAUCAUCCUACCAAUCGGAUCAGGAAAUUCUUGACGGUAUGCGGGUUUUCCCUCGAGGCAUCAACAUGACAGUGGAAGAGGUAGCAGGGCUCCCAACUACAAAGUAUUCCGAGAGGGUGCAGUCUCUGAACCUCUGCGAGGGUGACCUGAUGUUCCUCAAAGGUCUGAGAAGAAGGAUAAAGAAUAGGUUAGCAUCACAGAACAGCCGCCGGCGCAGCGUGGAGCACCUGAGCCGGCUGGCGCGCGAGCUGCGAGCGGCGCGCGCGUGCAGAGAGGACGCCCUCAGUGAGCGACGCGAGCUGCAACAGCUCCGGGACGCUGUGCGGGGACAGUGUACGCGGCUGCGGCGGCACGUCGCCAGGAUACUCAAAGAACGUGAAGACCCAACACCCAUUCCAUCCAUCACAAUCGAAUCAACUGAAUCUCAAUGCGAAGAAGCCAGAGUGACAGAGACGAAACCACCCCCACCGCAAGAGAAAGGGAAGGACAGCAAAUUCGAAUGUCGCAUAGAGAAACUAGUCCAGCAGAGCGUGAAUCACAUUUUCAAGAAUGAUAAAAAAACAGUUUUCGCCAAGACCGUUUUCAUCAGCAAUGAUAAGCUGUCCAGUGAUGUGAAGUCCAUGGUUUUGGAGGAGGAUCUGAAGGUUUUAGGGGGGGAGGGGGUGUUGAACUUGUCCGUUAAAGAGGGGAGAAGAAAAAGCCAUGGCAGGAAGCAAUCGGCGCCAAGACGAAUUUUGUAUUAUGAUGAAAUAAAUAUUAAUGAUGGCGUUCUCGAUUUAAAAGUCAAGAAAGGUCAGUGACCGAGACAUAGUCUGUAAAAAUCAUUAUAUUGAGACCAAAUAUAGUUAUAUAUGGCCAUAGAUUUAAGUAUGAUCAAAAAAGUAUAUACGACCAAUAUAUAUCCGCCUUAAAGGCAUGAAUCACAUCACAUCACUAUAUGCUGUUAUAUAUUAUAUUAAUUUACUCUUGAUAUAUUUAAAUAUCUAGUGUUGGUAAAAAUAUAAAAGUUUAUUUUUAAACAAGAAAUGUGCGUAAAAAAAUAAUUUAUCUGCUUUUUAAUAGUUAUUAUACAAUUUUGUUUCUGAAAGUAAGUUUCGACAUCAUUGUUAUUUCAUAUUAUAAAAGAAGUUUGUCUGUAUGAACGCGAUAAACUCCAAAACUACCAGACGGAUUUACGUAAGAUUUUCACCAAGAGAUAGUUUGAACACUGAGGAUAUUUUUAUUAUUAGUAUAUUUAUGUAUUUGAUACCCUGAAUAGGCUAAUGUAUGUUAGAAUGAAGUGCCAGAUAUAUUUUAUAUGUAUUGUAUAUAGAAACACAUGUCGCAGAGCGUUUCGACCGCUGCGGCCACGCUGUCAUUACGAUCCGUCAAUUUUCUUUAGGAAGGAAUCAUUUCCAUAAUCAAUCAUUCAUAAAAUUGACAUUACUACAGUACAUAGUAAUUAAUUUAAAGUCAUAUAGUAAAAGUCAUUCUUCUGUUUGUUGACAUUUGAAAAAUUGUAAUGACAGCGCGUGCGCAGCGGUCGAAGCGUUCUGCGAACCAACGUUAUUAUAUUGUUAUGUCCUUGAUGUAAAGUUAGCAAAUCUAUUGUUGUUCGCCCUAUAAACAUGUUUACACGUAUAUGCCGAUCAAGGGAUCGUGAUCAGUAUGUAAGUUGAUGAUAUGAUUAAUCAGUUUAAUUACAAAAUAUAUAGCUAUUGCUGCUGUUUUGUGUUAAAUUUUCACUUAUUUCUCUUAACCCAGGGCCCGGCCACAUUGCUCCGUUGUACUCCGUUACAUUGGUGUGAGCACCAUACAGUUUCUGCUUUAAUCCGUCCACGGUCGUCAACGCAACGGGGACGACGGAGUAAUGGGGCCGACCCCUUGGUUUUUUCUUCCUGUGGAGGAGGCGUACGGUACUUCUCUAAGCAGUUUAGUAUGUAACCAUAACAGCUGUAAUAAAUUUCGCGCCAAAAAGAUCCUGAACGCGGCACCUCUGUCGCUGACAACAACAAUGUGGCCGAUCUCUUCCACAUAUUGCAGAUUUUUUGUAUUUGGUUUAUUGUAAGGUCGUACCACAUUUCCACCGCACCGCUCCCACUCGGCAAGAUGACGUUCAUUGAAAAGUGAGCUUUAAAACGUCCACCGUAGACACAUUUUACAUUGACAACAAAUAAGCGGAUUGCUUGCUGUCAGCUCUCGGGUUGUCAAUGUAAAGUGUGCCUACAGUGAAAAUUUUAAUGAACGACAUCUUUCCGUGGGGAAUCGAUGCGGUAGAAUUUUUCUAUUUGUUACAAUUAUGUACAUCACAAGUAGUAAUUCAGAAAAUUUUAAUUUUUUUUCAUUUUUUCAUUUGAGUUAUAGUAUAUAAUGGUGAUUUCUUAUACAUUGCCAUUAUUUUAUCUAAAUGCUCGGUCGAUGGUACUGAACAACUUUUCGUAUGGAAGCAACCUUGAAAUCGCGAAAAAAAUCAGCUGAUCCAUACAUUUUCCACGACUUAAGUAUUCAAUUUUGUAUAGAACACAUGGUUUUUUUUCGCGAUUUCGGAGUUACUCCCAUACUAAAAAUUGUUCAGAACUGAGCAUGUAGAAAAAAUAUUGCCAGUGUAUAAAAAGUCUUGUAGUAGUAUUUUUUUACCGGAUGCGAAGUUGAUAUAGGUACUGUAUCGCGUCUUUCUUCAUUACGGGGUAGACAGAGCCAAGAGUUACGAAGCUCAAUCACGUUUAGCUGUAUGUUGACAAAAAGAUUUGUAACCUAACAACUCUCAUUUUAAGAAUGAUGGAAAACAAACUGAAAAUCAGUGACUGCUCAUCGGGCUAUACCAUCACUGAACCGUGACUUUUUUAUUGCUUCGGCAACUCUGUGUUACUCCAAAUGUCUUUUUUAAUGUGGCGUUGUGCACUUUCUGUGAUGGGUAAAAAAUGUUAAAUUCGCGUCAGGACACGUGACUUCGUAAGACGUCAAAAAU